UCCAAAAACAAAAUCACCAAUUCUCUCAUUCUCUCUCUCUCAGGGCAUUGGCAAUGUCCCCUCCCUCGUUCAUCAUUCUCCAUUAAUGGGGGAGCCAACGCCUCCAACCAACAUUUUUUUACCGUCGGAAAAAUCCAAAGCACCAACACCACCACCAUUACCACCGCGACGCCGAACUAUACAACUAGUCCAACCAUCCGAGAAAAAGAAACAACCUAAAGUUGUUCGGGUCUUCCGUUCCGUUUUCCGAUCUUUCCCUAUAAUAACUCCUGUGUGCAAGAUUCCCGUUCUUAAUGGUAGCUUAUUAGAAAGUCAUCACCGGAGCAUUUCUGGUAAUCGCGUCACAGGAACUUUAUUCGGGUAUCGUAAAGGUAGAGUAAGUUUAUCAAUACAAGAAAGUCCAAAAUGUUUUCCUACAGUAGUAAUUGAGUUAGCUAUACAAACUCAUAUCUUACAAAAGGAGUUGAGUUCAGGAAUGGUGAGGAUUGCAUUAGAAUGUGAAAAGAGAACUGAUAAAGAGAAAGUUAGGUUACUGGAUGAGCCAGUAUGGACCAUGUUUUGCAAUGGGAAAAAGAAUGGAUAUGGUGUUAAAAGAGAACCCACAGAGGAAGAUUUGAAAGUUAUGGAGCUUCUUAGGGCAGUUUCUAUGGGGGCUGGUGUUUUACCAGGGAAUUCUGAAACAGAAGGACAUGAUUGCGAGCUUGCCUAUAUAAGGGCAUAUUUUGAUAGAGUUGUGGGUUCCAAGGAUUCUGAAACUUUAUACAUGAUUAGCCCUGAAGGAAACAAUGGUCCUGAACUUAGUAUAUUUAUGGUUAGGGUUUGAUUUUCUUUUAUUCUAAUAUCAGAUUUGAUAGAUUGGUUUAUGUUUUAGGUUAAAGGGAAGGGUAAUUAUUAGGUAGUGUUCGUUCUAAAUAUUGUUUUUUCUUUUUAUCUUUUUGGGCUGAUUGUUCUAACUAAUAACUGAGGAACAAACAUUCUUAAAAUUGAUGGUUUAGCACUGAAAUUGACCAAAAGGGAUCAGACUUUGGUUGAUUGAUUAUUCCUUCUUGUAAUGAUUGUUUUUGUUGUUUGUUAUGUAAGAAAUGGCCUUUUUUUUUU